UUUUACUAGUCCCCAAAACUUAAAACCAAGCUUCUCUCUUCUUUUAAUUUUUCUCUCUCGAGUUGUUUGAGCCAAAAUGUGUCCAACUGGUACAUCUUUGAAGCCGAAAGAAAUGGGCACGAUGACAUCGUCAGAUUUCAAGCCGGCUUUCGACGUGCUUGAUGUGGACCACGACGGUAAGAUCAGCUGCGAGGAUUUGAAAAUGUUUUACGCAGGGUAUGGUAAAAAUAAUGGUGGGGACGAUGAAGUUAUCAACUCCAUGAUCUCCGUUGCGGAUUUCAACAAAGACGGGUACGUUGAGUAUGACGAAUUUGAACGAGUUUUGAGGUACGGAGGAGGAGGAGGGAAGAGAAGAAACGGUGUUAAAUCUCGUGGUGGUGGGGUUAUGGAGGAUGUGUUUAGGGUUAUGGAUAAGGAUGGAGAUGGAAGAUUGAGCGUUGAUGAUUUGAAGAGUUACAUGAAAUGGGCUGGUUUUAAUGCUAGUGAUGAAGAUAUCAAGGCUAUGAUUAAACUGGGCGGCGCCGAUGUAAAUGAAGGUGUUUCUUUUGAUGGUUUGCUUAAGAUUUUAGCUGUUGAUAACGUUAAUUAGUUGGUCAACUCUUCAAAUUUUUUUUUUUUUUUUUUUUUCGUGGGUUCGGAUGUACUAUUAGCUUAAAAUUGAAGAAGGAAUAAUCAAUCAAUUUUCCACGUGUUGUAUAAGUUUGUCCUUCGCAGCAACCAACAAGAAAAUUCAUCUU